AUGUUCUUGGAGCAGAUUUGCCCUGGACAAGUCAAUCCAGAACCGCAUGCGAUUGAUACUUUUAUCUGGAAUUCCAUUCGUUACAUUGUAUAUGCUACCGGGUCCAAAGUUGUCGUUUAUGCAGAUCCAGCAAGACUCGUGCAAAUCAUCGCUCUGCCACUAGAAAAUGAGACACCCCAUGCAGACUCGCUUGAACCAGUAACAGCUGUAUCAGGUUGCAUGAAUAGUGGUCGACUUGCCGUUGCGCGUGACAACCGUGUUGGCAUAUUUGGAUACAAGCAAAUCAAUGAUGCUAAAUGCUGCUGGGUGUUACAUGCUACAAUCGAUGUUGGUGCACGCGUAUCAUGUUUGGAUUGGAAUACACAAGGCCAUCUCUUGGUAGCUGGUCAAGAGCUCAGCAUAUGGCGACCUGCAGAGACAAAUCAAGUCAACGAUCCCUUGCAGUGGGAAAAGCUUUGGAGCACAAGACCUGCAGCGGACGUGAUGAUUGCAAAGUUCGAGCCGAGUACCAGCAUGUUUGCCACAACUGGACGGCUCGAUCGGCUCGUUACGCUAUGGUACAUUGAAAACCCAGAUUCAAGCUGUCUCGAGUACCAGUUCAUGUAUUUACCACAUCCACGGCACGUUACACACUUUGUAUGGAGGAAGUUGCCAAGUAAACGAAGUGCGUUUGAUUGUACAUUGUUCACCAUGGCACGUGAUGGUAUUGGGAGAUUCUGGAGCCCUAUUGAUCCAAAGAUAGAUCGCACUUUACAUUUAUGCGCCGUUGUCGAUCCAAAUCAAUCACUGGUUACUGCUGAAUCGGACGAAGACAACAUACCACACGUUGGCGAUGAUGAUGAUUUUUCACCCAUUCAUUAUAUCGGAUGCGAUGAGUUACAAAGUUCGCUAUAUACACAGCUGCAAGGCCAUUGGAAACAUGAACGUUUGCAUCAGAGCUUGGAAAGGAUGAAAGAUCUCAUUAAGGACACACCAGACCUAUUAUUUCGAAUACAGCCUGAUGGAUCAUUGACGUUUUGGGGAGUUCAGCAUUUGAAUAGUGUACCGCGCCGCAUUCCUCGUGUCUUCGUUGUUCUCAGAGUUGCUCAAACGGUUGAAGCAUCCGACAUACCCUAUUUUAUGAAUGCUGUCAAAGUGUUGCAUGAUUUUGCUCAUAUCCAAUCAACAUCCAACAUCAAACCGGCAGAGCUUUCCCUCAUAGGGAGGAAUCAGAAUGGACAGCUGCGGUGCUAUGGCCUGAACUUGGUUGAUUUCCUUGACACGACCUGCUUCUCGCCGCGUCUUUAUCCGAAAUAUUCAUGGCUGGGACAUCAGCAUUGUAUCCGUGAGAUGACACAGGGACCGAAUAAUCGCCUUUGCACUGUUGGGGCUGAUGGUCGGAUCAACAUUUGGAAAUAUGGCUUACGGCAGACGCGAGGAAAAUCAACCACUGAACUACACUUAGAGAACACCACUGAGUUUUCUUAUGCAUCAGCACUCACGACGCUGCUAGACCAAGAUAGAUACCUUGCAAUAUAUGAUGGGACCCAGCUAGCUAUCUACGAAUGCCAAAAGUCGUCAUCAACAAUCAACAUGGUGCAUAGCUGCGAUUUCAAAGGCAUCAACACAACGUUAUCCAAGAUCUUUGUCACACGCAUGCAGCUUCAAGAAGAUCAGACAACAUCAUUAUUGGUCGGCGUAUCCGAGGAGGACAAGCUUAUUGUUACUUGGGAGAUUUUAUAUACCAACGAUGACGAUGGAACCAUCCAAGACGUCGUAUUUUGUGGUGAAGAAUCCAUGCAAUGGGAGAGCACACCGAGCAAUAUUGCGUCCAUACCCUUGAGCUCUUGCAACACAACAUCAACGCUACUUGAUCGGCUUGAGUCAUCCGAAGAAGACAACGUGGCUAUGACAGUGGCGAUUGGAUCAAAUGUAUUAUGCUAUCAGCCUUUUUGCGCAGCAGAUCAACGCGUGCAAUGGAAGUUAUUGUAUCAGCUGCAAACGGACUCUAAAAGGGUGGACAUCGUUCGACGUGUGGCAAACAUGAUGGGAUUAGUGUCAUCCACUGAGCAGGACCAGCCAUAUCAAAGGCUCUCUAUAUGGUCUGAUAUCCGAAGCAAUGUGGCACCAGCUUUGCGAGCAGAGAUUGUUUUUGAAGAACCGAUCACGGCUAUAGCUUGGAAUGUUUCUUCUGAUGGGCAAUUCAUCCUAGCAGUGGCGUCAAAGAAAAAAGUUUCCAUUUAUGGAGAGAAACGAGCGGAUGAAAUCAACAAUAGCCUUGAUCAAUGGAUAUGCUACGCCGAUUUUACUCUCGACAUCCCAGAGGAUAUUGUUGACUUGGCAUGGAUUGAUUGUGGGGCACUAGUCGUUGCUGCCGGAAACCAAAUACGAUGCUAUCUCAAAUGGCUGACAGCUGAUGAUCAUAUACAGCAAGGUCAACCAUUCGAUCCUCAGCUUGAGCCGAUGAGCAAUAUCUAUGACGAGUCUUAUGAGCUGAACGGGCCGCUACCCUUUUACCAUCCGAAUCAUUUGAUACACUAUUUGAUGUGGGGAAAAAUGAAGUUGGUGAAUUUGGUGGUGUCAACUUUAUACCGCUCCUUGAAAAACACAAUGGAUGAAGGCGUUGCUGUACUUGAUCAUGUACCGGCUGUGAAUAUUUCCACGAUCUUGAAGUUGCAGAAUGAUUCGGGAAAGCAUGGGUCCUCUGGUCAACCUUAUAGUGCGCUUUUCGACGAAGCUGACAUGAGCAGCUUGGAUAUCAACGACGAGCAAGAUGGAUCUAGGCCGCUUACAAGGUCUGAAACGGAGGAAUUGAUUCAGCUGGUCAAACACCGUAAGCUUCCAGCCCUUUCUGAAAGCGAGAGAGUGCAUCUUGUGGCGAUGAUUGACACUUUUGGAGAGAUAUCGUCAUUGGGAGAAUCGUUGGAUGAAAAUGGAGCUCGAUUCACCGCUCUUUUGGAGAACUUUUAUCAUCUGAACAAGGUUGUACCUGAAGAAGAGAAGGCACCAGGGCUUGACUCGCGAGAUAUGGUCUGGGCGCUUCAUAGUCAAUCUCAGGAUCUCUUGCUAGAAAGAUGCACUCGACUUUGUGGUGGCAAACUCUUAUGGCAGGAUGCUCGUGCUCUUGGUAUCUUUUUAUGGCUACAAAAGUCUGAAGUUGUGACUGAGCAAAUGACCAUGAUUGCAAGGAAUACAUAUCUCUCCAAAGAUAUCAAGGAUCCCGUGGAUUGUACAUUGUUUUACCUGGCAUUGCGUAAAAAGACCUUAUUGCAGACACUUUGGCGUACAGCCUAUCACCACAAUGAGCAUAAUAUCAUGGUCAAGUUCCUUGCAAACGACUUUUCAGAACCACGGUGGCAGAAGGCAGCGGCAAAGAAUGCGUUUGUUCUACUAGGAAAACAGCGCUUUGAAUAUGCAGCUGCUUUUUUCCUUCUCGCAGACAAGCUAAAGGACGCUGUGGGUGUGAUUUUGAAAAAUUUGAAGGACUACCACCUGGCGAUUGCUAUAUGUCGAGUGUAUGAUGGCGACAACAGCCCUCUUCUUCGUGAUAUUUUGGUUAGCCAUGUGUUGCCGCUCGCUAUUGAAACAAACGAUAGAUGGCUAGUCAGCAUCGUUUAUACGCUACUGGAUGAAAAGAGAGAGGCUCUUAGGGCUAUGGUGGUACCUUUAUCACGAUUUAUCGACUCGGCUGAAAACAUCACGGUGGACAUCAGCGAUUCGGCAGCAACAGUGAAUGACCCCAACCUUUUCAUUCUAUAUCAGCACCUCAAGAAAGAGAUUCGAAUGCAAAAUCGACGUGAUUUGGAAAUACCGCUCAUGCUUGAAUACCUGUUCUCGCUCAAUGUCAGUCGUGCGUAUGAUCGUCUUGGAUGCCCUAUGUUGGCUCUUUACAUCCUUACAAGAUAUGCCAAAAGGAAACCCGCUGAACCUAUCGAGAAUGGAGAUAUCAAACCAAAUGGAUCGUCUACAGCAGAUUUAUUCGAGGAGAAUGGCUCUUCACCACAACCACCAUCACAAUCUUCCAACAAAGCAGCUGAUCUCUUCUCCGACAACGAUGAUGUUUCUCGAUCCACCAGUAACAGAGCAGUUGAUCUUUUUGCUGAUGAACCUACCGUAUCCAAGGCAACCGAUAUCUUCGCCGAUGAGCCUACCGUAUCCAAGGCAGCCGACCUUUUCGCUGACGAUGACAAUGACUGGCUAAGCAGCAACAACAAUGAAGACAUUUUCGCCAAUGAGCCAUCUACAUCAACGCCGCAUGAUUUGUUUGAAAAUGAGCACAUAUCGGAUAGCGAAUCAGCUACAGGAGAUGACACAAUGGAGCAAUAUGACGGGCUUUCGAGAUACAAAGCAAUGUUGGUUGUGCGGAUGCUUCAGACCAUAUUACAUAUAGCUGCAGCAGCUCACAGCAAUCCAUCGGCAUCAUCAGCUAUCAACGAUACCAAUUAUGACCAAGCUUUUUGUCAAAUGGAGCAUGAUAUGUCAGCAUUAGCGGAUUCUGUGCAGAUACCAACGUCCACUUUUACACGUUUGUUUUUGGAAAAGUGUGUGGAAGUCGAUGCCUUUGCUCUUUGUCUUCGAUGGAUUGAAAACAAAAAGGACGACGAAUCAACAGCGCACUUCAUGAUGGCGUUCAGAACCGGGUGUCUUCAAGUAUUCAAGAUUGCACUUCAUCAACAGGACUUUCAAUAUGGCAGCUUAGCAUUCAUUGAGCGAUGGACCGAGAAUAUGAUCACGUCAUUUUCAGCAUGGAGCAAACUUCAACAGCCAGGGAAUGGAACAUUUUCACAGACCCAAGAAAUGGCGCUCAAUGCCUAUAUCAUGCUGCUAUUAACGACACUCAAGCAAAGGAAUUACGAGAAAUGCUGGUGUUUGCUUUUCAAUCUGCGUGAUUUCCUGGAAUCAUUAUCACAUGAAGAAACGAUCAAAAAGAGUUUUGAGAAGGCAUUGAAUGGAGAAGUAAAAAUGCCUGAAAUGGAUAUCGAUGAUUUCGAGACUUUCUCCGAAGAUUCAUUGUUUGGUUACAACAUGGACGAGGAAAUGUACAGGCCGCUGCAUGAUUACCGUGACAAGUCUCCUGGUGCCGUUUUACUUGAAACAGCCUCACUCAAUUACAUCCUGAUGGUGUUGGAAAGCCAUAUGCGAAGCGUUGAUAAGCCUGAUGGAGCGAAUGGAAACUUGAUCCCGUACAUAUGGAUGAAUAUACUUGAUCCCAUUGCCUAUCGUACUCACGUGCUUAGGAUGGAUGCGGAGCAAAAACUCGACAACAUCAUGACAAGAAGUAAUGCUCUACGACAACUCAAAACGCUGCGUCAAAAGAAGUAUUGGCAUUGCCUUAAGUCAUUGAAAAACCCCGAACAGCUCUUGCCAUUUAUCAAUUUUGCCUUGCCACACAUCAACAUCUUCCAAGAUGACGCCGAAAGGCUCCCUCAGACCAUAUAUAGCACUCCUACAACCGUUCAUGCAUUUAGUAUCAGCAAUGUAUGUCCUGACACGGUUGCAGUUUGCUUGAAAUCAGAGAUACACGAAAUUGACCUUGCGUGUGCUCGAAGUUAUGAUCAUCAUAUGGCGCGUUCUACCUCAAUGUCAUCAGCUUUGGGUCAAUAUCAUCCUGAGAGUUAUCCCGACACAGAAGAAGAAUUGGAAGAUUUUGCCUCAUCUGAUACGGAGACGGAUGCAUCUGGGACCAAGCACACGAAACACAGCAUAAAGCAUCAUCAUCAUCAUCAUCCUCACCACCAUCAUCCUCACCAUCUUCACGGGACUGUGCAUGGCAAAACACCUACAGGCAGCGUCGCGGCAUCACCUGCAAGUGGUCGUCACCUCAUUGAUGAGCAUAGUAAAGGAUCACAGAAUUUGAGUAUUGAUAAUCUCCAAGAGUCUCUCAAGCGAUCACUCGGAAUAAAUCAAGCUGGGUCUGAAGCUUCGCACUCUCCUGCAGCGGCAAGUUCUAUUGGAUCAAUGGCAGACAUGGUCACAUUGAAGCGCCAUGUAUCGGCUACAUGUGCUGAAGCCCAUCCCUAUUUCCCAUUUUACAUCACUGGAUAUGAAGCGAGCGGCACCAAUGAUCCAAGUGUAGUAUUAUGGCAAUAUGGCCAGGAGCAAGAGAUAGCAAGAUAUUAUGGGUCGCAUGGAAAAGUUACCAGGGCGCAUUUUGAUCUUUAUGGUCAACGUUUUGGUGCUGGAGAUACCACUGGAUCACUGCUAUUGUGGCGCUUUGAUUCGCAUGCACAGAGUAAUCGACCUUACUAUACCAUCAAUUCAUGCCACUCGAAGGCAACUCGUGAUUUUACGUUCCUUGAUUCGAGCAGCCUUAUUGCCACAGCAGGUACCUCAUUGACCAUGGGACGUCGUCGUGAUCAUGUUUGUUUGUGGGACACAUUGUUGCCUCCUAGCAAGGCGAUGAUUUGCUCACUUUCUGCCCAUGACAGCGGGGCUUACGCAAUUUCAUAUGAUCCGGAAAAGCAGCUUUUGUUUACAGGUGGCAAACGGGGUGAAAUAGUGGUUUCGGAUGUCAGGCAACGCGCUGUUAUGCAAACAUUUACUGCACACAAUUCUCGGAUCCGGUCUAUUGCUUUUGACAAGGUCAGCCAAUGUCUGGUGACAGGUUCAGUGGAUGGUGAUUUGAAGAUUUGGGAUGCCAACACGUACAAGCAACUUCAUUCUUGUGAUAUUCAGCCUCGCAAUAGAUUCCUUGGACCAAGCUUUAACCGAUUUCCGCUAAAGGCGUAUGGCGUGACUCAAAUCGAGAUCCAAGACAAGACUAUUUAUGCUUCUGGUCCAGGUGGGCUAGUAAGAUGGAACGCAAAUACUAAGACUAGUAUAGAAACUUGA